AUGGUUUUCCUUACUAAAACCUGGUUUGCCGUUAAGGAGAUAAAAGUACCACGUAGCUACUUACGCAGUAAAUUUAUUGAUUCAGUUAGACUACACGUGAAGGGGGGUACCGGAGGCACUGGCCUCCCUAAAUUCGGGGGACUUGGUGGACAAGGAGGCUGCGUAUACUGCAUUGGGAAUGAAAAUGCGAAUCUUAAGAAUAUUUUAACAAAGUACCGUGCAAAGACUAUCAACGCUGGUCAUGGUGAAGAUAGUCGUAAAACGAAGAUAGUUGGUAACCCAGGUUCAGAUGUGAAACUUGAAGUCCCACUUGGCGUAACGGUAUAUAGAGAAGAUGGAAAAGUUUUAGGUUCAAUCGACAAAGAAGGUGAAACAGUUAUUGUGGCCAGGGGUGGUCCAGGAGGAAAUCCUGACAACAAUUUUUUAGGUCAUUUUGGUCAAACACAUCAUGUACGCUUAGAUCUCAAGUUAAUAGCAGAUAUAGGUCUAGUUGGUUUCCCAAAUGCGGGAAAAAGUUCACUUCUGAAGGCAAUAUCAAGAGCUAAACCAAGAAUAGCAAAUUACCCUUUUACAACAAUAAAACCUAACAAGGGAAUAAUCCCGUAUGAAGACUUAAGGCAAAUAUCAAUAGCAGAUUUACCAGGUCUUAUAGAAGGAGCACAUAUUAAUAUUGGCUUAGGUCACAAGUUUCUGAAACAUGUAGAGAGAACAAAGUUAUUAUUAUUUAUUGCAGAUGUACAGGGAUUUAGAUUAUCUCCUAAACAUCCAAAGAGAUCAUGCUUAGAAACAGUUUUACUGCUCAAUAAGGAGUUAGAACUGUAUGAUGUUGAGUUGUUAAAGAAACCUGCUAUAUUAGCGAUAAACAAGAUGGAUUUAGAUGGCGCUGAAGAAAUCCUUAAAGAUGUGAAAGAAUCACUUUCAAAUAUGGGUCAUAUUAUUGAUAAAAUUCCGGAAGAGUUGAGGCCAGAAAGAAUAAUCACUUUUGAAGACAUAAUUGGAAUAUCUGCAUUAAAAGGAAGCUCUGUUGAUGAACUAAAGCAGCUUCUCAGGAAGAGAUUAGAUCAGUUUGCAGAAGAGAACCCAGAUAUAAUUGAACCUAGCAGGUUGUUUAAGAAAAAUAAAGCUAUGGUUAGAGAAAGAGGUCCUCGAUUAACUUGA